AUCCAUCAGAACGUAUGAUAGAUUUCCCAUCGUCUAGUGAAUAAAGACUAAGAGCUUUAAAUACUUAAAUCAGUUGUAGUUGUCGAAGUUGAACUUAGAACUAUGCGAGUUUACGGGACAUUGAUUUUUAUUGGUUGCGUUGCAACGGCUCUUGCGUACACAUCUUGUACCAAACAAUCUGAUUGUGAAGAAGAUGAAUGCUGUUUAGACAACCUAUUUUUUAAACGUCCUUGGUGCACUCCAAGAUACGCUGCAGGUAGUCGAUGUCCAACUGCAUCAAUUUAUAAAGAGGAAACUGACUUGUUUUAUUUUUCUUGCCCAUGCGUCAAAAUGUAUGAAUGUCUUGGCAAAGGAACGACAGAGGAUGGAGUUACUGUGGUGAGAGAUGCUAAGUGUAUCAUGCCAACCAUUUAGAGAGGAUUAGACAGAAAAUAACUCAGUGUAAAAAGUUGUCAUUUAUGAAGAAUGAAAAAUAAAUUUGAUGUUAUUGUU